GAUGAUUUAUAUGAAAGCGGGUGAAUGUUGGCAGAUUUGGUGAGAGGCGAGCCACAGGCCAGGCGGACUGAUGUACCGUAACCAGGCAAUCGGGUUGAACACAUCACCAUGGUGUACUUCGUGUGUUCCACGUGUGGCACCUGCCUAAAGAAGAAUCAGGUCACCACACACUGGUUCAAGUGCAGGAGAGGCAAGAAUGUGUCAUGCAUGGACUGUGGCAAGGACUUCUGGGGAGAAGAAUAUGCCAGUCAUGUGAAAUGCAUAUCAGAGGAUCAAAAGUAUGGAGGAAGCAACUAUGUUUCCAAGGAAAGUAAAGGAGAGAAGAAGCAAGAAGAAUGGGUUAUAAAUAUCCAGGAAAAAGUGGCCAAUUCCCAAAACAUGGACCCACAGCUGAGGAAGUUGCUGCAGAAUAUCAUCACUUAUACUAACAUUCCCCGCAAGGAAGCCAAAUUUAGGGUAAGAGAGGCUGGAGAAGGAAUGACAGAUGUCAUAGGUUCAUCUCUGGCUAUUCAUCUUUGAAUUACAAAUGAUAAAAAUGCAGUCUUAAAAUUUAUGGAACAUGAUAUAGUAAUUAGAGAUGAGUUGAGAAAUUAAUCAUGAUCAAGAUGGAAUAAAAUAAUGACACUUC